CUAAGGUUAGCUGUGUUAGCAAGGCCGCUGUAUCCGCUGUCAUUUGGUUGUUAUUGAAAACCGGCGACCGCUUUAGCCUGGAAGUGUUAGCUUUCUGUUUAUUAAGGGAACAUGGUUGUUGACCUGGUUUUACAUGACCUGGCUGGCGGCGGAGCCUCUAAUGACAGAUGGCGUUGCUGAUGAGUCCAGUGAGCAGGUUAGCAACAAGCUAGCGGGCCGUUGUCAGCCAGGACCCAGAAAAGCAUCAUCAUCAUCAAUGGUGUGUCUACAUCCCGGAGCCGUCACAUUUUCCUGUGUCCGCUCAAUGAACCAUCUCCUCAGCUCUCAUCACAGCUGCACAUGUAUGGCGUUUGCGAGGCUCGGAGGGGAGUUUUGCCAAGCCCAGCACCUGCUGCUUAUUGUGGACAAGUGAACAGGAGACACCAGCUAGGCGCAAACACUGCCAUUGACGCACACAGGUGUGUAGCAGAAAGGUCCUUACUGCCAUCCUGUUCAACCCAUAUGAAGACAAGCCAACCUUCAGCCUGUCACCUGUCCUGGGGAGUAGGAGAGGCUUCAGUUUUAUCCCAGGAGUUUCCUCACAGCUCUUCUCCUUUCCUGCUUUUCCUUCCUUCUUCUGCUCUGAUUUGUCUUCUCUGAAUGGGCUAGUAGAUUUGAAAGAAAGGAAGGACAGAUCUUCUUUCUGUCUUUAUUUUUUUUUUCCUCUUUUUUUUCCGACUGUGGGUGUCUGCUCUCCAUUCUUUUUGAUCCCAAUCUGUUAGAUUUUAAUUUUUUGUUUAAAACCAAGCCAAUUUUAGUUUUUCCUUCAUUGCCAAAAAGUUUAGAUUUUUUACCCCUCUAUUUCUAUCCCAGGAAGCUGGUCUGUCAUAUUGUUUUUGUCCUUUUUUUUUUUUUUUAAUUAGUGAAAUUAAUUGCGAAGUGGUUUUGCAUUUUUUCGUCCUUAAGUAGUUUUUCUUUUAGUGCAAAGUUUUUUUUGUUGCUUUUUUAAAUUUUAAAUAAUCAGAAGAUUUUUGCUUUGAUUCGUUUGAAGAAGACCCCGUCUAUCUGUCUUUGAAGCACAGAACUUUUCAGAUCUUUUAUUCUGCAUUAAUAAACCUUUGAGCGUCUAAAAAUGAACCGACCGGCCCCGGUGGAGAUCUCUUAUGACUGCCUGAGAUUCCUCAUUACGCACAACCCCACCAAUGCACAACUGGGAAGGUUUAUAGAGGAUCUGAAGGCAUAUGGAGUAAACACCUUGGUGAGAGUGUGUGCCGCUACAUAUGACAAGACACCAGUGGAACAAGAGGGUAUACAUGUCUUGGAUUGGCCGUUUGACGAUGGUUCCGCCCCCCCAGACCAGGUGGUUGAUGAUUGGCUGACUCUGCUACAGACAAAGUUCAGAGACGAGCCUGGCAGCUGUGUGGCUGUGCACUGUGUUGCUGGAUUAGGACGAGCUCCUGUGUUGGUGGCGGUGGCUCUAAUUGAGUGUGGGAUGGAAUAUGAAGAUGCUGUGCACUUCAUAAGACUGAAGCGCCGUGGAGCGUUCAACUCCAAGCAGCUGCUGUACCUGGAAAACUACAAACCUAAACUGUGUCUGCGCUCCAAAGAUGCCAACGGACAGAGCUGCUGUAUACAGUAGGAAUCUUCAGCUCGAAACAUCUUCACUGCAGCUACAUAGGAGACUUUCACUUUUUAAUGUUAAAUGGAAAGUUGACAUGUUUGGGUAAAUGUUUUGGUAACAUUAAAGCCCAUGAAAUCUAUUUAGAGCACUUAAUGUAUUUCCAAAAAUUAAAGGAUAUCACAUCAAAUUGCUGAAAUCUGCUAAAAACAUAUAUAGACGUCUGAUUUUACAUCAAAAAUGAACGUGGAAAAAAAGUGGUGUUUAAAUUUUUUUAUGUCUGCUCCGUGGUCUGUGAACUCACCUCAGUAUGUAGCAAAAAUGCAAAAAUACUUAACCCAUUAAAGGAUGACCCCACAGUCAAAAUGAAUUGAUUUUAACUGUCAGCUUUACUGUGAAACCAAGCUUGUUUGGCUGUAAAGGUAAAAAAAGAAAAAGAAAAACACAAACAUUUAUUUUGAUGGUCCCUCUCUCAAGUCAUUGUUACAGUAGCAGCUACAGUAAAUGCCGUUGAUGUUAACAGAUUUGAUCAGAUUUAAAUUUACAUUGGGAACAGACCUUAUAGAAAAUGGUGUGUCAGUAGUCGAGUAUGUUUGACAGUUGAUUCAUUCUUGUGAUGUUAAACUGGUCUGCAGCUUGAUAUUUGUCCUAGGCUCCAACACUGCAAAUGCUGAAUAAAUAGUUGGCAGUA